CGGAAGUCAGGUAGGACUCUCCCUACGCCCGUUGGCUUGGCUGCCACACUCCAGUCAAAUGCCAGCCCCUAGCGAGAUUCCAGGGCUAGCCAGACUCCGGGGCCAGCAUGCAGGGAGAGGAGAGACUCAGGAUCCUGACUGGGACUGAAGGCGACAGCUUCCUGCUGAUGGAGAUCAGGCCUGGGGAGACUGAGGCCCCUGAGCGGUGGGAUUAUGUCCUCGUGGCUGACCGCUGCACCCAGAGAAAUGCAGAGCAGGUCCGGCGGCAGCAGCACUUCCUGGAGGAGCUCGAGAGAAAGGGCUUCCAUUACAAGAUGAUAGAGGACCGUGAGAAGGUGUUCUUUGGGAUCCGAGCAGACGGCAGGAUCUUUGACCUGUACCACACUCUCCUCAUGGAGCCUGAGGGUCCUGCCGCCAGAGUGCAGCCCACCAGGCCCACCCCCGUCCCAGCCACCACCAGAAUCCGCAUUGUCAACUUUGUACUAAACAGCAAGACGGCUACUGGUGACACGUUAGAGGAUUUGUUGAAGAGUGGUGUCUUUGAGACCAGAUUCGCCCUGCACAAGGGGGAGGAAGGCCUGAAGAAGAAUUGGGCCCGGUGGAGAAACAUGGUCCGCUGCCAGCCCAUUGAUGACAUCAGGGACUACUUUGGCGAGAAGGUGGCCCUGUACUUCGCCUGGCUCGGCUGGUACACCUACAUGCUGGUGCCCGCUGCGGUGGUGGGCCUCAUCGUCUUCCUGAGCGGCUUUUCCCUGUUCAACGCCAGCCAGAUCAGCAAGGAGAUCUGUGAGGCCCACGACGUCCUCCUGUGCCCUCGCGGCGACCACAGCCGUAGGUACCAGCAGCUCUCGGACACCUGCACCUUUGCCAAGCUCACGCACCUCUUCGACAACGAGGGCACCGUGGUCUUUGCUAUCUUCAUGGCUCUGUGGGCCACGGUGUUCCUGGAGAUCUGGAAGCGGCAGCGCGCCCGGGUGGUCCUGCACUGGGACCUGUACGGGUGGGACGAGGACCAGGAGGAAAUGGCGCUUGAGUUCAUUAACUGCCCUGAUUACAAGCUGCGGCCACACCAGCACUCCUACCUGAGAAGCUCGGUCAUCCUCGUCCUGUCUCUGUUCAUGAUCUGCCUCAUGAUUGGCAUGGCCCACCUCCUGGUGGUCUACCGUGUGCUGGCUGCUGCCCUCUUCAACUCCGCCUUGCUCUUCCAAGAAGAGCAGGUGACCACGGCCGUGGUGGUGACCGGGGCCCUGGUCCAUUAUGUAGUCAUCCUCAUCAUGACCAAGAUCAACAAGUAUGUGGCCCUCAAGCUUUGUGACUUUGAGCAGCCCAGGACUUUCUCAGAGCGCGAGAGCAAGUUCACAAUCAAGUUCUUCACGCUCCAGUUCUUCGCUCACUUCUCGUCCCUCGUCUACAUCGCCUUCAUCCUGGGCAGGAUCAACGGUCACCCCGGGAAGUCUGUGCGCCUGGCGGGGCUGUGGAAGCUGGAGGAGUGCCAUCUCAGCGGCUGCAUGAUGGACCUGUUCCUGCAGAUGGCCAUCAUCAUGGGCCUAAAGCAGACACUCAGCAACUGUGUGGAGUACCUGAGCCCGUGGCUGGCUCACAAGUGGCGCCUCAUGCGGUUCAGGUUGGGCCGUGCGUCCAGGGAGCCCGAGCUCAGGGACCUGUGGUGCAACUACCUCCUGAACCCAGUUGGCACCUUCAGCCUCUUCGAUGAGUUCAUGGAGAUGAUGAUCCAGUACGGCUUCACCACCAUCUUCGUGGCCGCCUUCCCGCUCGCCCCGCUGCUCGCGCUCUUCAGCAACCUCGUGGAGAUCCGCCUGGACGCCAUCAAGAUGGUCAGGCUGCAGCGGCGCCUGGUGCCCCGCAAGGCCAAAGACAUCGGGACCUGGCUGCAGGUGCUGGAGACCAUCGGCGUGCUGGCCGUCAUUGCCAAUGGAAUGGUCAUCGCCUUCACGUCCGAGUUCAUCCCCCGAGUGGCGUACAAGUAUCACUACGGCCCGUGCCGAACGGGGGCCCAGCCCACUGUUGACUGCCUCACAGGCUACGUCAACCACAGCCUGUCUGUGUUCUACACCAAGGACUUCCAGGACCCCAUCCAGACGGAAGGCUCGGAGAAUGUGACCCAGUGCAGGUACCGGGACUACCGCAAUGCUCAGGACUACAGCCUAUCAGAGCAGUUCUGGGUCCUCCUGGCCAUCCGCCUGGUCUUCCUGAUCCUCUUUGAGCACGUGGCCUUGUGCAUCAAGCUCAUCGCGGCCUGGUUCGUGCCUGACGUCCCUCAGUCCGUGAAGAACAAGGUCCUGGAGGAGAAGUACCAGAUGCUCCGGGAGAAGAUGCACUCCAGCUCCAGGAGCACAGAGGUGUAGCCCGGAGCCCGUUGGGAGACGCCAGUGCCUCCUGCUGCUGCCCCGCUCACACCAUAUGUCGGGGUCCCAGGAGGCUGGUGUCCAUGUGGGCAAGUCUGUGUCUAUGUGGGGUCUUGGAGGGCCAGUGUGUGUGUGAGGUGUUUGUGAGCAGCAGGCUGGGGUCUGCGAGGCCGGUUCCGUCUGGUAGGGCUCAGAUUUGGGACAGCCCUGACUUGAGCUUGAACUGACCCCUGCCACCCACAGAACUGGGGUGGGGGUGCCUCUAAGCGGCCACAACACAGGGAAACCAGCCCCGUUUUCUGAGCCUCCCUCUGACUUGUGGGACCCAGGUCCUGCCCCAUCACCCUCCUUGACGGCCAGGGGACCCUGACCCCACCUCUCUGGCUCCCCUCUGUCUACAGAACUUUCUAGAGUAAAAUGAACACUUUUUCUGUUGA